UUAAAUUUACAAAUUUAAAAAGAAGUGAGAAACCUAGAUUUUCAGGGAAGGACUCGGAGCCUCCUAAAUCUCAGGGAAGGACUUUCCGGCAAUUAUAAAUACUGCCCUUUCACAUAACACACAAUGUCACAACUAAACUCAUCAUCAUAUAAAAAAUUUCUAGGUUCUCUCCCCUUUGUUGUUGUUGAGUUCAAUCUUGAUUCAGGAUGACCAUCCUCAUUGAUGAGCCUGAGUUGGGAAUUGAGGUUGAGGUAGUGGAGAAGAUUUCCCAAGAUGAAAAGGAGUUAAUGUUAGAUGGUGGAUUUGUUGUGCCUCAUUCCAAUUCAUUUGGCCACCAUUUUAGGGACUAUAAUGCAGAAAGUGAGAGGCAAGAAGGUGUUGAGAACUUCUACCGAAUCAAUCAUAUUAACCAAACUUAUGACUUUGUCAAGGGGAUGAGGGCAGGGUUUGGAAAAUUGGACAAGGUGGAGAUGAGCAUAUGGGAAUGUUGUGAGCUGCUAAACGACGUCGUUGAUGAGAGUGAUCCCGACUUAGAUGAACCCCAGAUUGAGCAUUUGCUGCAGACAGCUGAAGCCAUCAGAAAAGACUAUCCCAAUGAGGACUGGCUGCACUUGACUGGCCUUAUCCAUGAUCUUGGAAAGGUUCUUCUUCUUCCUAGCUUUGGGGAACUUCCUCAAUGGGCUGUUGUAGGUGACACAUACCCUGUUGGAUGUGCCUUUGACGAAUCAAUCGUGCAUCAUAAGUAUUUCGAAGAAAAUCCAGACUACAAUAAUCCUGCUUACAACACUAAGUAUGGAGUUUAUUCGCAAAAUUGUGGACUCAACAAUGUAAUGAUGUCAUGGGGGCAUGAUGACUACAUGUAUUUGGUGGCCAAGGAGAAUAACACAACUCUACCUUCAGCAGGUCUUUUCAUCAUCAGAUACCAUUCAUUUUACGCUUUGCACAAGUCAGGAGCAUAUAAGCACUUGAUGAAUGGGGAAGAUGUUGAGAAUCUAAAAUGGCUCCAAAUCUUCAACAAGUAUGACCUCUACAGUAAGAGCAAAGUUAGAGUUGAUGUUGAAGAAGUCAAGCCCUACUACCUUUCUCUCAUUAAAAAGUAUUUCCCGGCAAAGCUGAGGUGGUGAAAACUGAAGCUCUGAAGUGGAUAAGUUGAGAAAAUCAGAGACUCAGAUGAAAAUCACAGACUCAGAUGAAUUCCGGUGGCCGAUUAAAGAGAGAUAAUGUAUCUCCCUUGGAGAGUUGGAUGCACUAUUUUGGUUUGUUUUGAUGUUAAUAUAGUUUGAAUAAUGUAUGAAAUAAUUAAUGUUGCAGCUAUGGUUCCUUUGCCUUCCAAAAAUUUUGUAUUCCCUCGUUUAUCUUAUGCUUGCGGCAAAUUAUCAAUCUUUGCAUAAUAUAUAUAUUAUUUACAAUUUUAAUUA